AUGGCUGGACGAGACGCGGACAAAGACCAGGAGCUGAAGCUGCUCGGCGUGUGGUCGAGCCCGUUCGUUAUCAGGGCCCGCGUCGCGCUCAACCUCAAGGGCCUCUCCUACGGCUACGUCGAGGACGACCUCGACAGCAAGAGCGAGCUCCUCCUCGCCUCCAACCCCGUGCACAGGAAGGUGCCUGUGCUCCUCCACGACGGCAGGCCCGUCUGCGAGUCCCGGGUCAUCGUGGAGUAUGUCGACGAGGCCUUCCCGACCAGCGGCCCCCGCCUCCUCCCCGCCGACCCGUACCGCCGCGCCGUCGCUCGCUUCUGGGCCGCCUAUGUCGAUGACAAGCUCUUCACCACCUGGAUACCCGUAUACAUCGGCAGGACGAGCGAAGACAGACUCGAGGCGGCGAGGCAGGUCGUGGCCGUCCUGGAGAAGUUUGAGCAGGCGUUCGAGGAGUGCUCCGGGGGCAAGGCGUUCUUCGGCGGGGAUGCUGCCGGCCUCGUGGACGUCGUGCUAGGCGGCUUCCUCGGGUGGCUGCGCGCGUCCCAGAUGAUGUGCGGCGUGAGGGUUAUCGACCCCGCCAAGACGCCGCUCCUGGCGGCGUGGGCGGACCGGUUCGCCGCGCUCGACGGCGUCAGGGAGGUGAUACCUGACGUGCAGAGGCUGCUGGAGUAUAACAAGAUGAGGCGAGCUCGCCAUGGGCUACCAUAG